CCCCUGUAGCGGCGGCUCAGUUCCUGUGUGUGUAGCACGUGUGGAUUUCCUAAAUCUGAUUAAAUUCUUAUUUCUACAUUAUCAGAUUUAUUAUUAAUUAUCGGAUUCGUUUGAUUAAUUAUGGCUACGUCGUUUGAGCAGAUGAGAGCUAACGUGGCUAAACUGUUACGAGGCAUCGACAGGUAUAAUCCUGAGAAUCUGGCCACGCUGGAGCGCUACGUGGAGACUCAGUCCAAAGAGAACGCGUACGAUCUGGAGGCGAACCUCGCUGUUCUCAAACUGUACCAGUUUAAUCCAGCCUAUUUCCAGACCAGCAUAACCUCACAUAUUUUGCUGAAGGCUCUGACCAACCUUCCUCACACGGACUUCACCCUGUGCAAGUGUAUGCUCGACCAGCCUCACCAGGAGGAGCGACCAAUCAGACAGAUCCUCUACCUGGGAAACCUGCUGGAGACCUGCCACUUCCAGAGCUUCUGGGCGAGUCUGGAGGAGAACAGGGAGCUGAUCGAUGGGAUUACAGGAUUUGAGGAUUCAGUUCGUAAAUUUAUCUGCCAUGUUGUAGGAAUCACGUACCAGACCAUUGAGCACCGGUUGUUAGCAGAGAUGCUGGGAGACCCACUCGACACUCAGGUGAAGGUGUGGAUGAAUAAAUACGGCUGGCUGGAGAACGAGGAGGGUCAGAUCUUCAUCUAUAAUCAGGAGGAGAGCGUCAAGCCCAAAAACAUCGUCGAGAAGAUCGACUUCGACAGUGUAUCUAGCAUCAUGGAAACAUCACAGUGAACCACGCGCGCACACACACACACACACACACACACACAGACACAGGAUAUACCAUCAGUAUAGGAGGACUGUGCUGAGUGAGACUUUGUGAGGCUCUCCGUUAUUUCUCCUGUACAUUACAGCUCACCAAUAAACCAAACAUUAUCAGUAA